GGGAGAGCUCAGCCUCUGCGGUGAGCAAACCCCAAAGGGGCUGGAGGGAACUCUGUGUUUCUUCAGUUCUUCCCUGCCACCCGCUUGGGAGAGUGGAACUAGUAUUCCAUCACGAUGAUUUAAAAUAAUUGGCACAUAAAUUAUGCAUGUUGGGAUUGAAGUGCAAUGUUUUCUUCCCCACCCCAUACCUACCAUGUGCCUCAUUAAUGAUUAACCAAAACAGCUAGUUACACGUCAGCGAGUAGGUCAGCUGGGGAGAAAUUGUAUGCGGCCUCCACCACAGGCAGAGAGCUUCGAGGAGGGCUUGGGCAGGCUGCCUGGUGCUUUGAUCCAAGACCGAACCAUGAGGGCCACCUGCCACACGUGUAAGGUGUUAUUGACAGCCUCCCCAGGCAAGAAAGGUCAAGAAAACCGAGCGCAAUACCCAUAAUACAGAGCAAUUAAGGGAGAAAGAAGCCAGAGACAUCGCAAGGACCCUUUGUCGUUCUAAUGCAUAUGAAGAAGACUCAGUUUUGGGAGUUACUCUAAAGCACCAUCCAGAACUUUAGCAUUUGAGGACAUUCAAGGCACUUUUGUCCUUCUUGGGGGAAAUCACAACAUUCCAUCAGGCCUCACAGGAAUACUUUGGUUUCAUUUCAAGGAGCUCGGGUCUUUUAAAGUUUGAAUCAAAACAAAGAACCAGUGUAUUGAGAGGUGCAAAGAGGACAAAAAUCAGACUUUUUUUUUCCUACAAUUUAAAAAUUCUUAGAAGAAAUUGCCAACAUAUUUCCUCCAAAUUGAACAGAUUUUUUUUCCAGUGAACAAGCUAAACCAAAGCUGCUUCCUAGUCCAUCUGCUUUCUCUAUAAAAGAAUUUUGAAAAUGUACCAAAUAUGUAGUUAAAAUCCUAAUUUUAAAUGGUUGCAAAGUUUUAAUUUCUGAUGUCCUGAUGACAUUCUGAAACUGCUAAGUUACCUUUAAAAAAUGUCCAGUAGACUUCAAAUACAAUAGAAAUACAAUACCCAUUCUCAGUCUUAAAGAAUUUUCAACAAGCUCUUGUUUAAAAGUCAGAAAUUUGACAUCCUUUUCUCCUUCAACUCAUUUCCAUUCUACUUCCCCCAACAUAACUGUAUCCUAAAGUAAAACAUUCUUAUACUAAAAAAUUUUACUGAUCACACUUUUGCAAGAGACCCAUCCAAAUACAGUCCAUCCUCAUUUGUGGAUUCUGUGCAAAUUCACCUGCUUGAUAAAAUUUGUUUGUAACCCCAAAUCAGUACUUGUGGCUCUUUCUCACUUAUAGACAUGUGCAGAGCAGUGAGAAAUUUGAACAGCCUUUACACACACAUUCCUAGCUGAACCUGAAGAAGGCCAUGCUCUGCCAUCUUAUCUCAGCUGGUAAUGUAAGCACAUGUCCUUUUCUCAGUCUACUGCCACCGCAUCUUUCACAUUGUGAUUUUUGUUGAUUUUGCUGUUUUAAAUGGCCCCCAAGCAUAGUGCUAAGGUACUGUCUAAUGCUCCAAAGCGCAAGAAGGCUGUAAUGUGCCUUACAGAGAAAAUACGUGUGUUAGAUAAGCUCCGUGCAGGGCUGAGUUACAGUGCUGUUCGCCAUGAAUUCAAUGUUAAUGAAUCAACAACACGGUACAUCCAGAAAAAGGAAGAGGACAUUCGCCGAUCUGUACGUGAGGCCACUCCAGGAAGUGCUAAAGUCACAUCAAUUGUGCGUGAUGCAGCUAUGGAAAAGAUGGAAAAGCAGCUAAAUUUGUGGAUUCAGGAGAUGACAACCAAUAAAAAGAACAUAGUGGACAGUGUUGUUGUGAGGCUGAAAGCCAAGGAAAUUUACAGUCAUGUUACCCAGGGUCAGGAAAAGGUUAAACCCUUCUCAGCGAGUGCAGGCUGGCUUGCACGGUUCAAAAGGCGGUACCACAUGAAAAAUGUUAAACUUGUAGGCAAGGCAGGUCCUGCGGAUCAGGAAGCUGCAGAAGAAUUUAAAAAGUAUCUGCUAAGCAUUAUACAUGAAAAGGGUUAUAUGGAAGAGCAGGUUUUCAAUGCUGAUGAGACAGGCUUGUUUUACAAGAAUGUUGGUAAACGAACCUAUAUAAUGCAAAUGGCCUCCCAAGCUCCUGGCUUUAAAUCAUUCAAAGACCGUGCAACCUUGCUACUAUGUGCCAAUGCCAAGGGUGACUUUAAGUGCAAACCCCUAAUGGUACACGGAGCACAAAACCCACGAGCACUUAGAGGGAAAAAUCUGAACCGCAUGCCAGUCCACUGGAGGUGGAACAAAGAAGCAUGGAUGGCGUCCGGAAUAUUCUGGGACUGGUUCCACAACUGCUUCAUCCCAGAAGCUGAACGCUAUCUCCAUAGCAAAAACCUUGCCUUCAGGAUUUUAUUAAUUUUAGAUAAUGCCCCAGCUCAUUGCCAUGAAGAACUUGAAAAUGCCCACCCUGACAUAGAAGUUCUCUUCAUGCCCCCAAACACUGCCUCUCUCAUCCAACCCCUCAGUCAGGGCAUAAUAAAAGCUUUCAAGGCACACUACACCAGGGAACUUUACAGCAAGGCUUUGGAGGCUCUUGACGCCAAUGAGGAGACCACCAUGAUGGACUACUGGAAGUCCGUCGAUAUACGCAACGUUAUAGAUUAUAUCAGCACAGCCUGGGACAGCGUCAAGCAGGCUACUAUUAAUAACUGUUGGGGAAAUAUUUGGCCAGACUGCGUGAAACAUUUUGAAGGCUUUGAAGGUGUUACAGAAAAUAUAAAGAACAGUGUCAAAAACAUAAUGCAUAUUGCACAGCAAAUAAGUGGAGAAGACUUCAGAGACAUGAGGGAGGGAGAUGUGGAAGAAAUUUUGGAAGAAAUGGCAGUAGAACCCACCAAGAAAGACCUGGAUGAGAUGGCAAAGCGUGGCACUGGAGUCAGUGAUGAUGACGAUGGUGAUGAAAGUCAGCCUAAGACUCCAAGAAUUGUCCCUCUCACAGCAGCCAAAAUAUCGGAAUGGAGUUCUGCCCUGGAAAAAAUUUUCAAUGACAUGGAAGAGUGUGACCCCGUGCUGGAACGCAGCCUCACGUUUAGGCGCCUGACCUCCACUGCAUUCGUCCCUUACGCUGAAACACUUAAAGAUUUGAGGCGAAAAGCCAAGCAGACAAGGCUGAAGGAAUUUUUCAAGCCAGUUUGGGAGGGAACAUUGCUGACACCAUCACCAAGUUGUGAAAGCCAGACUCCUGGGGUAGAAACACCAGGUCUCACAUGCCAGCCUCACUGACGCCUUCCUCUUCGGCCAAGUCAGUCACACACUCUCCUUUGGUUUUCCGGGGGGCAAGUCAAGGUCACGAGGUUUAACCACUCUGCCCUCUGCCCCAUCACAGUGUAAGCACCACAAGUAAGGUUUUCCUUAAUGUUUUCACAGGAUCCCAAGCGU